AUGGUCGCAGCGGCAAAGCAGACUGCCGCGCCAGCCGCCCCUGCUGGCCCUGCGCCGGUCCCGCUGCCGCCCGGCGAGCAGGACCGCCGCAGCUGCGCCAAGGUGAUGCUCCACGUCAGCAAGCAGCUGCGGUCCAUCAAGCAGCGCACGCUGCUGCGCCUGGAGCAGAGCGGCCGCCUCGACCGCGCCGCCGCGGGCAGCUACGAGGCCUGGGUGCGCGCGCGCGGCGCGGCGGCGCGGGGCGGGUACCUGCGGCCGACCGACGCGGCAGCGGAGGAAGCUGCGCGGGAGCUGGAGAAGCUGGUGGUAUCCGCGCUGCUGGAGCCGACUGUGACGCUGCCCAUCCUGGCGGUCAGCCUGCAGAACAAGCUGCUGACCGGCAAGAAUUCUGACCGCUUCAGGUUCUUGCUGAGCACGCUCAAGCUUCAGGGCGUCGACCCCGUGGUGCUGCAGCUGGCGUUCGGCCCCGCGCAGUGCCUUGAGGUGAUGGAUGCGGACGUCAACGGGCGGUGGCACCUGUUCAUCAUUCGCGCAGACGGCGAGGCGGUGGCCAGGCACACCGGCGUCGCGCCGCCCAAGGAGCUGCUUGCAGCCAACAGGGCGGUGUCCCCGUGGCGCCUGGGCGCCGCGGGCGUCAACCUCGCAAAGGCAGCGGCCCUGGGGGUGCGCGAGUGGCUGCCAAAAAUGCCCGAGUGGCCAGAGGCGCUGGGGCGGCCGCUGGCGUGGGAGCCUGGGCCUGAGAAGCGGCGGCGGCUGGAGGCGGAGGGGGCGGCGAGGCAGCAGCAGCAGCAGCAGCGGGAGCAGGACGGGGACCAGGCCGACAUCGGCCACCUCGUGGUGGAGCUGCUGCAGACGCCCAGCGCGCGGGAGCAGAUGAAGCGGCGGGAGUUCGAGUCCUCGGGCGGUGCGUCGGUGCGGGUGCCGUGCCCGCACCUGACAAAGGAGGCGUGCUGCGCCGUCAGGGGCACGGCUGCGCCCUGCGAGGACCGCCACUUCAAGUGA